UAAUAAGUACGUGCGUGCGUUGUGGUGUUCUGUUCGGCUUUUGAUUUUGUAAAUUCAUAACAUCAUUUAGUGUUUACUUCUUGACAAACUUUUGUUUGCGCAUAAAAUGUGAGAUCUACUGCACUAUAGUGAAGCGUCCAUUCCCAGCAUUGCCAGGAACCGCAUAGUAGUAUACACAACUAGAUGGUGGACUUGGUUACUUGGAAGUAAUGCAUUCUUAACUUCUUGCUGUCUACUGUAAUACAUCAUCAAUAUUGCCGGUUAUAUUACUUUUCUGAUCAUAAUAUGGAAUGUUCAGAACUCGUGGCUUCAACUAUUUCUUCAGGAGGACAAGUAUCUGCGACUGACGGUCAGAUUCUCCAAGCCGACUGUGCUAAUCGAAUUUCUAUGGAUGUAGAGGACAAUGCUGACCGCCACGCGGCCAACAACUUGUCCGGAUUUCGGUGGAAGCGGGUUCUCAACCCAACAGGACCACAGCCGCGUCCUAGACAUGGCCACCGCGCGAUAAAUAUCAAGGAGCUCAUGGUCGUUUUUGGUGGCGGAAAUGAAGGAAUUGUUGAUGAGUUGCACGUCUAUAAUACUGUAACAAAUCAAUGGUAUGUUCCCGUGCUUAAGGGUGAUGUACCUAACGGAUGCGCUGCUUAUGGAUUUGUUGUAGAAGGAACGCGCAUGUUUGUCUUCGGGGGAAUGAUCGAAUACGGAAAGUAUUCCAACGAGCUCUAUGAACUACAGGCCACAAAAUGGGAGUGGAGGAAAAUGUAUCCCGAAUCGCCGGACAGUGGGUUGCCGCCGUGUCCUCGCUUGGGACAUAGCUUUACAAUGGUCGGUGAGAAAAUAUUUCUGUUUGGCGGACUAGCAAAUGAAUCGGACGAUCCAAAAAACAAUAUUCCAAAAUAUUUAAACGACUUGUACAUACUUGACACUCGAGGAGUUCACAGUCAUAACGGAAAGUGGAUAGUACCUAAAACGUAUGGCGACAGUCCUCCACCAAGGGAGUCUCACACAGGCAUUUCGUUUGCAAGUAAAAUUACUGGAAAUUUAAACCUUUUGAUUUAUGGAGGAAUGAGUGGAUGUCGCUUGGGAGAUUUGUGGUUGUUAGAUACAGAUUCAAUGACAUGGUCAAAGCCGAGGACCCUAGGACAAGCUCCAUUACCACGUUCAUUACAUAGCUCAACAAUGAUUGCAAACAAAAUGUACGUGUUUGGUGGCUGGGUUCCACUGGUAAUUAAUGAUUCAAAGUCGACGACAGAACGAGAAUGGAAAUGUACAAAUACUCUGGCAGUUCUUGACUUAGAAACAAUGACCUGGGACAAUGUCACAUUAGACACAGUAGAGGAGAAUGUACCGCGGGCUCGUGCUGGCCACUGUGCAGUUGGUAUUCAAAGUCGUCUUUACGUGUGGUCAGGACGGGAUGGGUACCGCAAAGCAUGGAACAACCAGGUUAGGGUCUGCUGCAAAGAUCUGUGGUAUCUAGAGGUUUCGAAGCCCCUGUAUGCAGUCAAAGUUGCACUAGUUCGUGCAUCUACUCACGCCCUGGAGCUGUCAUGGACUGCGACCACUUUUGCAGCCGCCUACGUUUUGCAGAUCCAGAAGAUCGAGCAGCCAGCAAAUCCAAGCUCUAAGCCACUGAGCCAUAACAUUGUUCAGCAAGGAACAAGUACAGCUGGUGAAUCUUCUGGAACAACAGUUUCAGAAAACUGUUCUGAAAGUGCCUUGACUCUUGGAGUCGAAGCCACUUCUACAGUCUUAAAGCUGGAAAAAAAUUCGAUGCAAAGUUCUGGCAGUCCAGCCGAAACAAAUGUUCAACCAUCUGUAAAUGACUUGUCACACUCGAUUUCGCCGCCUGCUUCGCCAUCAUCAAGUGUCCAAAAAAAUCUUUCUGGCUCGGCGGGCGGGACAGCCCUCACCACGUCUACAUCGGCCGUCUCAGUGCAGCCACAAAUAUCUGUAAUCAGUAGUAGUGCCGUAGCAGCCGCAGCAGCCGGAAGCAACACCUCGUCCAGUAGCAGUGCCGUUAGCAGCAUAUUGCAAAAGUUUCGACCAUCAGUAACCGCCCUAAGACCAUCCACUACCACCACUGUGACAGGUUCUACCAGUGUGGCUGACUCUGUGGCCAUGCGAGUGCCAAGUGCGAUGCCAGCGAACGUCGUUCUCAGCUCCGUGGCCUCAAGUAGCGCUUUGCGAAUUGUGCCUAGCGUUAAUGCUUCGCAGACAUUACGCAUAGCUUCCGCUCAAACGAGCGGCAGCGGCAGUGGUAGCAGCACUGCAGUAAAUAUAUUAAAAACAGCCCUUCCAAGUGCAGCCGUGCAAUCACAACCUGCAGCAGCGGCUACUACGUCUAUUGGCGGCAAGCAGUACUUUAUUCAAAAGCCGCUUACUCUGGCUCCAAAUGUUCAGCUCCAAUUUGUUAAGACCAGCAGUGGGGGCAUGACAGUUCAAACCCUGCCCAAGGUAAACUUUAACGUACCAAAAGGAACUAAUCCUCAUGGUAUUUCAAUAACAAGCCCACAGUUGGCGUCGGGAAAUAGUCAAAUUCAGGGAUCAACGUUGCCCGGAAAUCAACAUCAGAAACCCAUUGUGUCCGGAAACGUACUCAAGCUUGUGUCGCCCCAUACGAUGACCAGUGGGAAAUUGAUCAUGAAGAACUCAAACAUUUUACAAAUGGGCAAGGUAACGCCGAACGUAAUGGGAGGAAAGCCAGCGUUUGUAAUAACGAAUAAGCAGGGAGCGCAGUUGGGCAAUCAGCAGAUCAUCAUUGUCACCACUGGUGGUAGUGUGCGAACCGUUCCAGCGAGCACGGUUAUGACCACCGCUAGUGGUGGUGGCACUACAACAGGGACAAAUAUUGUCAGCAUAGUGAGCUCAACGUCGACAACGGCUAGCCCGCUGCAAGCAAUAAGUGGACAAAGAACCGUGCUUUCCAACCAAAGUGGAGUGAAGAUGUUGAGAAACAUAUCAACGGUUCAGACACCUACUUCGUUGGCUGUUGGACAAAAAACAAGCGGCACUCCCAUCCAUCAAAAGACGGCAUUGUAUAUCGGGGGUAAAGCUGUUACUGUCAUGAGCGCCAAUGCAAGUAUGGCAGCUUCUGGAAACAUUGCAAAUAAAGUCAUGGUGUUGCCGGGCACAAGCGCUACUAAUUCUGGUGCUUCGACCUCGACUCUUAACGCCAGAAAAAGUUUUGUUUUCAAUGCCGGAGGUAGCCCGCGUGCCGUGACCUUGGCUACUAAAAGCGUGCACGCCAAGAUUAUACCAUCAGCGCAGCCACUUAAGGAGACCACAUCAGAGACUCCUGUUUCCGUCACGAACAUGAAAGACACCGACCCCAUGGAAGAUAUUAUUGAGCAGUUGGAUGGAGCCGGAGAUCUGUUUAAACUUUCCGAAAGUCAAGCUCAACCCGGGUCGGAGGAGGAAGACAACAAUGAUGACAACGCCACGUCAUCGUCAGCGUCUGCGUCGAUAUCUACUGGAGGCGCCAUAACAGCGCAAUCGACAAGUCAAAGCACCAUUUCUAUGGAAGAGCCAGUUCAGAUUGUUGAAGAUAUUUCUGGCGUAAGCAGCACAACUGGUGCAAGUGCUAUCGAAAGUGCCGAUAGAAUGAAAGCACCCAAGCUAUCCGAAAAGGAAAAUAGUAAUGUGGAAUCUAUGGUUAACCAAACAUCAGCUGCUGAUGACCGCAGUCAGCCGACAACAUCCGAGACAGAAGCUGCCACCAUACUAACAACAAUUAAGUCUGCAGAGUUGCUUGUGGGAAGUACGGAAUCAAAUAAGGACCCUGCCGCUGGAGCCUCUAUUGAAAGUUCCAAUGAAGAUAACAAGUUUAAGCAAAAGCAGGAGUUGGUACCCUUAGAAUUGUCCCACAACCCACACCAAUAUCAAAGUGUCGAUGGUUCGCACUUGGAGGCCCUGGCUUCAGCUGCAGUGCUACAAGCAGCAACGGCGGACGCCACAACCUUAGCGAACUCUGGCCUAGCAAUCAAGCAGCUAAUAGAACGCCCGGGAAUCGAGACACAACCCAGAAGUAGCAAUUUUGCUGAAAGUCACCAGAGCAAUAUUCAAUCCAAUUCAGUGGUUGUUGCUGCUCAAAACACCACACAAAACGAAAACCAAAAAUGGCAUACAGUAGGCAUAUUUAAAGAUCUCUCGCACACAGUUACCAGCUAUAUUGAUUCAAAUUGCUUCUGUGAGACCCUACUGGACAGUAUUGAUGUGGACAAUCUUCCAGAUUUUAGCAAUUUUCCCCGCAUCAAUUUGGAUCCUGGAACGGCGUAUCGAUUUCGUCUGAGUGCAAUCAACACGUGUGGUCGUGGGGAGUGGGGAGAGAUAUCGAGCUUUAAAACCUGUUUGCCGGGCUUCCCUGGUGCACCAUCGGCUAUUAAAAUCUCGAAGGAUGUCAAAGAGGGAGCUCACUUAACAUGGGAACCACCACCGGCUCAAAAAACUAAAGAGAUAAUUGAGUAUUCAGUAUACCUUGCAGUAAAACCCACUGCCAAGGAUAAGGCAUUAGCCACUCCUCAAUUGGCCUUUGUUCGGGUUUAUGUCGGUGCGGCCAAUCAAUGCACGGUUCCCAAUGCUUCACUCUCCAACGCACAUGUGGAUUGCUCAAACAAACCAGCAAUUAUUUUUCGGAUUGCUGCUCGAAACCAGAAGGGCUACGGACCAGCUACACAAGUUAGAUGGCUGCAAGAUCCUGCAACCACAAAACUGCAAGCCCCCGCAAGUACGCCAAAUUUGAAACGUUCGCAGGAGAAAACAACUAUUGGAACUAACAGCGUUGCAAAUUCAUUUUGUUCACCACAUAAGCGUGGACGCAACGGAUUGCACGAAUGACCGACCGAUUAAGACUCGUAUAUGGGCAUGGAGAUAUGGGCUAAGUUUAAGGCACAGUAAUAAUGUUGGCAUUACUACAGCUUCCCACUUUACAAAAACACAAUGUAAUUUAUACUGAAUUUAAAGUGAUUUACAACAAUA